AUGGUUUUCGACGCUGAGAAGGUACGGCCCCUGGAGGACUUUGUGGCCCUCACGGGACUCAAGGCAACGUACGCGAAAGGGUGCUAUGACCGCUUCGGUGGUUACGCCCCGGCCCUUGCCUCCUUUGCCCAGUCUUACACCUCGCUGCCAGAGGACUACUUUGAGGAAAAGGACAGGGUGGUGAAGAAUGCGGGUGUGAUAAACGAGGAAUUGAAGCUCAUCUACAAGAAGGCAAGAGAAAUAAAAUCCGCAUUGAAUGUGGCAGACGAUGGUGUCUGGGCCUUUUACUACACGCACCAGUCCGUCACGAAGCCGCUGCAACAACAACAACAACACCAGCAGCAAAAGCCCGCUAAUGCCUUCCAAUUCGGUGCAUCGUCAAAUCCUUCAGGACAACUCUUUGGUUUUGCUAAUGGAACCGGGAACAACACUACUUCGUCUGCGCCAACUUCAGCUUCGUUAAAUUUUGGUUUUGGACCCGCUCCUGUUACCUCGUCUUCUUCCGCAACUGCUGCUGUCAGCGUUCCCCCCGCAUUCGCUGGUUUUGGGCAACCGAAGAAGGUGACGGAAGAAACAGUAAAGAAGGCUUUCCAUGAAAAUGAAGUGAAGUAUUGCGAGCCUUCUCACUUUACUGGGCCCUUCUUUGACAUGCCACUCUUCUGGAAGGAGGAGGUGGAAGGACAGUGCCCUCUGUUGAAUCUCAACAAGGGAUUCCUUGAGGAAAAUCGCGAUGUUCUGCACAAGCGGCUGGAGGUGUGGGCAAAGAAGGCAGCGUUCUUCCAGAAGCCCGUCCGGUAUGUUGAGAUUGGAGAUGAUGACGAGGAAACGGUUCGUGUUAUCAUCAAGGAUGCCGACCGUACCUUCUUUCAUCCUGAGCACCGCAAGAAGUUUGUGGCCUUUCUUAAUGCCAUGCAUCAUGAAUUCAAGGCGUACGGUCAAGCCAUGAGCUACCUGGCUGGACUUUGUUUAUUGGUUCUAAAUGAGGAGGAAACGGCGGCUGUGCUUCGAUUUGUUUCAACUACGUACAUUCCGGGUCACUGGGCAGCUGAGGCCAUAGGUUUUGCGUCUAGUGCCUGGGUUGUGGAAAGCUUCAUGCAGCGUCUAUUCCCCGACGUGGCAAAGCAUCUUGAGGAGUUGAAGUUCUGGCCCGAUACCUACUUGCAAAAAAUUCUCACAGGUCUCUGCAUCCACGUUCUCAACUUCCGUGAGCUGUUUGAAUUCCUUGACCUUUUCAUGGAGAGCGGGUUCAAGUUUCUUAUCAAAUACUGUCUUGCGAUUGUGGAGCACUUUCGCAGCGACCUUCUAGGCAUAAAAACCGUUAACGACGCCAAUGCGGUCUAUGAAAUAAUGCGUCUUGACUCAAAGGUGGCCGACCUCCAGGAUGUGAGGGCCAUCCUCCGGCGGGCACCGUUGAUGGAUCUUGGGGAGGAUGGUGACAACAUUGACGUCAUACGCAUGCAGGUGUACGACAAACACGUUGCCCCGAGACUGCAGCGGGCACCGAAGGUCGAGGCUUUUGAGCCUUGUGAAGUGUGUGGAGAACGAAAACCAACGUGGUGGAAUGACGACCUCGGGGCGGUUUGCAGUGUGUGUAAGGAGGCAAACUCAGAAAUAACUUUCACAAAAUUUUAA